CCAAUGCUAAUAAGACAUUUCGUGAAAAUAAUCGCUUGUUGACACUGGCCGCGAUUGGCUGUAUAAAAAAAAAAAAAAAAAAAAAAAAACAAAAAGAAAACAACAAAUUUAUAAUGUCAUCGAAAACAAUGCACAACGAGCAUAUAAAACGACCUAUGAACGCGUUCAUGGUUUGGUCAAGAGGUCAGCGACGGAAGAUGGCGCAGGAAAAUCCAAAGAUGCACAAUUCCGAAAUAUCGAAGCGACUCGGUGCCGAAUGGAAGCUUCUCAGCGAAGGCGAAAAGCGACCGUUCAUCGACGAGGCAAAAAGACUGAGGGCGCUGCACAUGAAGGAGCACCCUGACUACAAAUACCGUCCGCGACGAAAGCCGAAGUCGCUUGUGAAGAAGGAGAACAAAUUCGGUUUUUCCCUAUCGCCGUUGAUGUCGCCGGGAGAAACGUUGAGCGGAAUACCUCGUAGCCUCCUGCCACCAAUGCCGCCGCCGACGCACCCCCUCCUCUCUCACGAGGACCUCAAGAUACCCCGAUUCUUCCCACCCUUUCCCUACCCCCUCUACCCCCUCCACCACAAGCUGGGUGACGACUUCGCGGGGGGUAAACUCGCCGCGGAAUUCUCGGCCUUCCAGGCGUUAUACGGCAGCACCUUUUACUCCCAGGCAGCGGCCACCGGCUGGCCCGGACUCGGGACCCAGUCAUGCGCCCCGAAUUGCGGAUGUCCGAGUCCAACGAGCGAGUCCAAGAGACCGCUGUACCUCCUGGUCAAACCGGAGGACCGAUUUUCGGCACCGAACAAGGCGGAGGAGGUCGGCAAGGACGUCGGCUCUUCGCCGGGGGUCGGAGAGCCGCCCGACGAGGAUGCCGGCUACAGGGAGAGGAGUUUCGAGGGUUCGACGGCGGGCAGGAGUUCGUCGAACGGAGCGGUCAAGCCGGGGGCGGUAGACGCUUGUCCCUUCUCGGUUACGAGCUUGACCGGAAAUCCCCCCGACGCCUCCCACCACGUCAUAUGAAGACCGCUCCCGGUUCUCCCGGAUCUAAAUUUCCGCGGGAACCACGUAUCCUCAGGCUGGACGACGCCUGACUGGUGGAGGAUACCCCCCAUGCUGUCGCCCAUUCCUCGGGCCACCGUUACCACCGUUACCACCGUAAACGCUGCGGCCUGCGGUGCGGGGGACAGAAAUUCGGCCGAAGAUGUUAACCGAUCCGUGCCCGGAGAUGCGGAUCUCGAAUUGGACUGCAGAUCCCCCGCAAAGGUCAACGGCGUUUAGUAGCAAUUGUGAAUUUGACUGUGAACUGUUACAUGUUACACGCGAUUCCGCGACGCGGGUUAUAAUCAACUCCUCUGAUAUAUUCAAACCGGAUCUCUUCUCUUAUUAUAUUGCUAUAAUGACAGCGCGGAGAGAUUAUCCAACAAUCGUUAUUUAUUUAACUUUUUCUCGGCGUAGUACGUGUUACACGCAUUCCUAUCUUAACUACUCAUAAUCAGUUGAACUCGCUAAUUUCGAUUUAUCAUGCUCUGACUAAGAACGUCCGAUCUUUGAAACGACACGGACAAGCGGAACAUUGAAUUUUCAAGUUGAACAGCCAAGUUGCAAGUAAGAAGGGAGAAACCACGUUUGUUGUUUGUCGCAAGUUUCUUCUUUCUUUCUUUCUUUCUUUUUUCAAUCACUUGCAGAGCACCGAUGUUACAGAUACAGUCUUUCUCUCUGUUCACACCAUUUGCAACCUUGAACCGUUUGUACUUUCUUAAAUACUUUAUCCUUCGCACACGGUUUAAUAAACAGCGCACCAAUGAUUAACACUUUGAUUGUUGAAAAUCACCCUUUACCAGAAAUCGUGCACAACAGAAAGAGAAGUUCGAAGGACACUUCGAAUAAUGAUAUAAAAAUUGAAAGAACAGACGUACGCGCGUGGUAUCGACUUUCACGUAACCUAAUACAGAUCCCGCAUGCGGUACGCAAUAAUGAGGUACGAAAAUAUUGUCAAGUUCCUGCAGAAUUCCUCACGUGCAGAAACGAAUAGGUAGGCAUAAAAAAAGGCAAAGUAUACUCGUUGCGUACAAACUCCUGCCGGAUCUAAAUGCGGUUUAAAAAAAAAACUACCUACACACGAGCAGAUCAAUUGAUAAUUGAGAAUAGAAAAAAAUCUUUGACGCUAUUUCUUCCAAAAGCGGCAAGGCAAAGGGACAGACGGACGGAUUCGAUAAGCCGAUCGACUGUGCAUAUACGUACGAAAUGAAAGCUUGCGCGUAGAUAGCUAAGUCGAAAUCCUACAAAGGGCGAAUUGCCCGGGAGUGUUCCAUUCCGGGUAUACCUUGUACAUGCCCGGAGUCCGACGAAAUUCAGACGAAACGCAUACGUAUUAUCCUACGAGAUCACAGUGGAUGCCUCUACCUAGACAUGAGUAUGUAUAUAAUAUAUAUGUGUGUGUACGUCUGCACGCGAAUCGCGAAUUGACGUAGUUGUACAUGUAAUACAUGGGUAUGUGUAUACAGGCAAUGGCGAAAGAUAAAGUGCACAGAAAGAAGA